AAGUUUGAGGCGCACUGGCAUUCCGUCUGGAGUAGCACUCGUAGGUAGGCAGGGCAUCACUGAUUGGCAUCAUCAAACAUGCGUGCUAGCCUCCCAUUUAUAAGUAAUCUUUGUUCGCUCUUAACGUCUUACCGCCAUAAUCGGGGAUAAAUACGGAAAUAAUUGGGGACACUUAGAAAUGAUACAAUAAAAUUGAGAAGUGGACUUGAAUGUAGUAUUUUACAACAGUCAGUUACAGUACCCCCCCGCCUUUCGCACGGGGAUGGUCGUGGCCAGAUUGAUUGGCCUUAAUGGCUGUGGUGUUUCUUCCCCACGUUUUUUGCCCAAACCCCCAGUGCAGUAGUCAGUCUUUGGAGAAACCGAACAAAAUAUUUCGCCAAACUAACAUGUGCCUGACUUGAAAUCAUACAACAAGGGAUCUCAUGACAAAAUUGCAUUUUUUCCUGUUAAAAUUUGAAAAUGAAGUAGCUACUUCUGACAGGAGGGCGGUAGUGCUAAUAUGUGGGCGUGCUGCUCGGCCAAGUAAGAGGGCAAUAGGCGGGGUUUGCUGCUGCUCAUGUGAUGGGCUUCACAACUCUUCAGUAACCGCUUGGUUCUUUGGCCUAGCCCCUCACUGUGCUGGAUUUGCAUGUGGUCACCAGAUGUCCAACUAAUCAGCAGGAAUCCAACCUUAAGGGUCUUAGUAAGAAGACGUUUAAGAGUUCUUAACUGUCAUGCCUCAGCAAACAGUACUCAGUGGGAAAGCACAGGAACAACAGAAGUACAUCAGGCCUAAACUUGAUCUGCAGUUCUUGAGGAGGUUCCUGCGGGUUAUGGUCAUACUGUUUCCUAACUGGACAUCACAGAAUGUGCUGAUGUUUCUCACACUCCUGUUUGUCGCUCUUUUUGAGCAGCUGGUAAUUUACCAAGUGGGUGUACUUCCUAGCCAGUACUAUCAGAUUCUGGGCAGCAAAGAUCUAACAGGUUUCAAAAGCCUGACUUUCAUUGCAGUCAUCCUCAUUAUAAUCAACUCUACGUUGAAAAGCUUUGAUCAGUUUAUUUCUAACCUGAUGUAUGUAAACUGGAGGAAAACCCUUACAGAAUACCUUCACAGCCUCUACUUCAAUGGCAGAGCAUACUAUAUACUCAAUGUGCUGCGUGAGGACAUUGAUAAUCCGGACCAACGAAUCAGUCAGGAUGUUGAGAGAUUUUGCAGACAACUAAGCACUAUGGCAAGUAAACUCCUCAUCACCCCCUUCACAUUGUGUUACUACACAUACCAGUGCUUCUCCAGUACUGGUUGGCUUGGCCCUGUCUGCAUCUUCGGUUAUUUUGUUGUGGGCACAUUGGUAAACAGGAUUCUAAUGGGCCCCAUCAUCUCAACGCUUGUUCAACAGGAGAGACUUGAAGGAGAUUUCAGAUUUAAACACAUGCAGAUUAGAGUGAAUGCCGAAUCAGUUGCAUUUUACAGAGCAGGGGCUGUGGAACACACACGCACAAAUCGCAGACUACAUAGUCUCCUUCAGACACAGAAACAGCUCAUGACCAAAGAACUGUGGCUUUACAUUGGGAUCAACACAUUUGACUACCUUGGCAGUAUUCUCAGUUAUAUCGUUAUUGCUAUUCCAAUAUUUAGUGGGGUCUUCGACAGCUUGACACCUGCAGAACUCAGUGCCCUUGUCAGCAAGAAUGCCUUUGUCUCCAUCUAUCUGAUUGGCUGUUUUAGUCAACUGAUUGACCUUUCAUCUACAUUAUCUGAUGUAGCAGGCUAUACUCACAGAAUUGGAGAGAUCCUAGAAAUUUUGUCAGAACUUGUUUUGAAGCAGGCCAAUGCAGAUGAUACAUGGGAUUGCGACAGUGACUCUGUACCGGAAGUUUCACAUCCUGAUACUGCCUUCAUCAUGAAUCAGGUUUCCUUCUCUGCCCCUGCCUCGGAUGAAGUUCUUGUGAAGGAUCUGGAUUUGAAAGUAUCACAGGGACACAACUUGCUAAUUGUGGGGAACACGGGAACAGGCAAGACCUCUCUUCUGCGGAUUCUGAACAGGCUUUGGGAUACAGCAGCAGGUACUGCUCGAAUGUUAACCUGUUUUGGUCCCCAUGGAAUUCUUUUCCUGCCUCAGAAACCAUACUUUACAGAUGGAACUCUCAGAGAACAGGUCAUUUACCCACUAAAGGAGAUUUACCCACACUCAGGUUCUCCUGAUGAUAAAAGGAUUUUGAGGUUCCUGGAGCUGGCUGGAUUGGGCUCUCUCUUGAGACGUACUGGAGGUCUGGAUGAAAAGGUGGACUGGAACUGGUAUGAUGUCCUGUCUCCUGGAGAAAUGCAGAGGCUAUCCUUUGUGCGACUGUUCUAUCUUCAACCACAGUUUGCAGUACUGGAUGAAGCAACAAGUGCACUAAGUGAAGAUGUAGAAGGAGAAUUAUACCAAGUUUGCAGACAGCUGGGAAUGACACUGGUCAGUGUAGGACAUCGCAGCAGCCUGGAAAAGUUUCAUGACUUCAUAUUGAAACUCUGUGGAGGUGGAAACUGGGAGCUGAGCAACGUAAAGCAAAAAUGAAACACGCUUUGUUCUUGCUUCUGCUGUACACGUGAUCAAGGAAGUCAGCAGCCUGUCACUGUGCUGUGGAUUUUAGUGAGCCAAACAUAACUGAUGGAUUUGAAUUUACUUCAUGAAGAAUAAACGAAAAGGG